UGGAAGAGUAGUCAGCCAAUCCAUGAUGCAUAUCAUUUGAAUAGCCAAUAUGCGUGCUUUUCUCCUUCGCGGUCUUGGGCGGCAUGGACUCCGAUAUCAAAACGAGCGCCCAUGAAUCAUAUUUCCGCAGUAACUUCGUGGAAAUGACAAAGACCGUAGCCAGUGGAUGAUUCAUGCCAGCUGCUUAUUACAGAUUCGCAUGAUUACUCUUUACAACCCUUCAUCCGAUUUAGAUGAUUCAUGCUAGCACUUAUUUCGAUAAAGUUCUAGCAUGAUCACUCUUUACGACCUUCCGACCAAGGCAGCCGAUUCCCCAGGAAGUAUGAAUACCUGGCGGACCAGGUAUGCCCUGAACCUCAAAAAUCUGCCCUACCAGACUGUCUAUGUCGAACUACCCGACAUCGAGGCUCUCGCCAAAAGGAUCGGUGCCGCCCCCACCAGCACAAAGUCCGAUGGCGUUUCCCCUUUCUACACCCUCCCGAUCAUCCAAGAUGACUCCACUGGGGCUGUCGUCUCCGACUCUGCCGCCAUAGCAGCCUACCUGGACAAGACAUACCCAACUUCCGGGCCUGUACUCAUUCCUCCCGGGACCAUGACCCUCCAACUCGCCUUCUCCGAUACAGUGACCGGCAUUUUCAGUCCUUUCCAACCAUUCUUCAUCUCGGGAAUAAUGGCAAACACGAACGAUGCGACGGCAGUGUAUUUCUCCAAAACGAGACUGGGCGGGACUCUCAAGGUGGAGGCGCCGAAAGGGGAAGAGAUAGAGAAGCUACGGGCUAGUGCUAAGGAGAAUUUUGGGAAAAUGAGCAAGUGGUUCGAGGAUAACGGGGGUGACUUUGUUAUGGGGAAGGAACCGUGCUUCGCAGACACGGUGAUUUGUGGGUAUUUGUGGUUCACGAGGAGAAUGGUUAGGGAGGAGAGUGAGGAAUGGAAAGAUAUCGUUACUUGGAAUGACGGCAGGUGGGGAAGGUACCUGGAAAUUUUCAAGCCGUAUGAAAAGAUUUUGUAGGCGAGAACG